ACCUGUCUGGACAGACAGUCUUUCAAUUCAUGUGCACACACAAAUCAUCUGUAAUAUUUAUUCCAGUUGAACUCUGAUUUGUUUACAAAUUUUGAAAAAAUUACAUAUUCCACACUUUCAUAAAAUGAGUUCCCAACAAGAAACUUAUAAGCUGACAUAUUUAAGUCACCGUGGACUCGCGGAACCAAUUCGGCAAAUUUUUGCGUAUGCCGGAGUCGCCUAUAUCGACGAGAGACUGACCCAUGAAACGUUACCGGAACAUAAAUCACGUCUCCCCUGGGGAACGCUACCCGUUUUGGAGGUGCGUCCUGGUAAAACGGAACCGUCCUUUGUGCUCGCACAGGUCGCCGCGAUCGGAAGAUUUCUCGCUAAAAAAUUCGGACUUGACGCCAAAACUGAGGAAGAUUCGGCCAAAUAUGACGAGUAUGUGGACGCCUUGAAAGACUUUCAGCAAGAGUUCGUCACCUGGUACCGUGCAACCGAUGAGACGGUAAAAUCUGCAGUCGUACAGGAUAUUAAGGAGAAACACGUCCCCUUGUUUUUUGGCAAGUUUGACGCCAUUCUCGCCCGAAACGAGGCGGGUUGGUUGGUCGGCGACUCGCUGACUUGGGUCGACAUCUUUGCCGCGAAUCAUCUCUACAACUUCGCCACGUUUUUGAGCUCUGGAGAUAAAGAUAUUUUGCAAGAGUAUCCACAUGUGAGAAAAUUAGCGGAGAGGGUUUUUGCACUGCAUGGAAUUGCAAAAUGGAUUAAGGAACGGCCUGUAACACAAUUCUGAAAUCUACGAAUUAUAUACCUAGUAUAUUGAAUUUUUUGGUUUUAUUCGUUCGUAGUAAAUGCAAAAAUUUUGAGGAAAAUGUGUCAUACAUAAAUUCGCAAAUAUAGAUUCUGCAUUUCAUUAUUCUUCUUCCCUUACUGUGCAAAAUUUGAAUAAAUUUAAAUGCAAUAUA